CUUAAUUCCUUGCCUAACGCCCACUCUAUCCCCACCCCAAACAAGAAAAAGGAAAAAGUUUGCCUUAAUUAGUUGCAUGCUAGCUCGCUGAGUAUUAAUCACUGAACAUACAUACUGUGAAACAGAUAGCAGAGAUCGACGAGAUGAGGACGCGGCGGCAGUGGAGUGUUGUGACGGCGGUGGUUCUUGUGGCGGCGGCGGCGGUUGUGGGAGGACAAGAACAUCAUGUGGUGGGAGGGGACAAAGGAUGGGAAGUGUCGAAUGAUAUUGCUUCCUGGUCCGCCGCCAGAAUCUUCAAUGUUGGUGACACUAUCUGGUUCACAUACUCGGCCGCACAAGAGAGUAUCGCGGAGCUAGGAAGUAGGGAAGAAUACAUGUCCUGCGAUCUCUCCAACCCCAUCAGAAUCUACACUAACGGCAUAGACAAAAUCCCCCUCGACGGAGAGGGAGUUCGGUACUUCGUGAGUGGAAACCUACACAGCUGCAAAAAUGGCCUCAAAUUACCCCUCACUGUCCAAUCUUCACCCAAAACAAAUGCGAUUUGGCCAUUGGUCCUCCCCGCAGAUGCGCCCACUGCACCUUCUGCUUCCACACGCCUCGCUACUGGACUCACCACCGUUUUGCUAUUUCCUCUUUUACCUUUACCUAUGUUUCUCUAAUCAAUCAUUCAUAUUUAGUGUUGUAUGCAUAAAUCAUAAUAUAUAUAUUUCAGCAUCGAUCUGUUAUGUAUCCAAUUAUUCCCGCAACUUGUGAUCUAUAUUUUACUGAUUAUUCGGAUAACUCAAUCA